AUGAUGUCGUCCAGGGACAUGUCCAUCUUGUCGGCCAUGAUGGCGGCACCGCUCCCGCCCGCACUUCCGGCCGCGCUGCGCCCGCGCCGGAAGCGGAAGGGGCGGGGCUGCGGCGCGGCGCGGCGGGCGCGCGAGGCUCUGUGGGGCGGGUGGCACUUCCGGCGGCACCGGGACCGGGAGCAGGAGCGGGACAUGCGGGUGCGCGUGCGGAGCUGGCACGGAGUCGCGUCCUGGCUGUGGGUGGCCAACGACGAGAACUGCGGCAUCUGCCGGAUGGCCUUCAACGGCUGCUGCCCCGACUGUGAGUGCGGCACCGGCACCGGCACCGGGCGCUGCGCGCCGGCCAUGGCUGACGGUGUGUCCGUGCCGCAGCAGGUGCAGCAGCACUGCCCCAUGUGCCGCCAGGAGUGGAAGUUCCGCGAGUGACGGCGGCACCGGGCACCGGGCACGGCCGUGACCCGCCCCGCCCGGCCCGGCCCGGCCCGCCCGCCCAGUAAACGUGCGACGCCAGUCCGUGUCCGUGUCUGUGUGCGGUGUCCCGGGCUCGGUGCUCGGAGCGGGGCCGGUCAGUGACUCCGCCGGGCGCCCCGCGGGCUCCGCCGUCCCGGGAAGCGGAGCGGCGCCGCUGCGGCAGGGCGGGCGAGGCGGGACCCCCGCCCGGGUGCCGCUGCUCGCGCUGUGCCGCCCCGCCGAGCCCCGUUCCUGCGGGCGGCCCGGUGGGCAGGACCUCGGGGCGCUCUCGGCCCUUGCCGCUCUCAGCUCCGACACCGGCGGCUCUGCCCAGCUCGGCCCGCUCCUCCGGGGCUCCGCACCGCGGUGAGGAACAGGGCCGCCCGGGGCCUGACUGCCCCGGUACCCCGGGGAGUGAGCGGGGCUGGGGGCCCUGGGAUGACAAUAAACGUGCUCGGGAUGGC